GAUUAUUUCUUCUGUAGCAGUGGAUAAAAGCCGUAUCUUUCAAGUCAGAUCAGUUCAAUAGUACCAAUUCAAUCAUCCUUUACACCCAAUGUUUCUGUAUACAAUCACUAUCGAUUUUCUAAAAAAAUUCUAUGCUUAAUUUCUAAUUAUCACUUGCUGCAGUCGGGUCUGGAUUUGCGAAAAUGGUAGGGCCGGCGAGACCUCUUUUUGUGCUAUUUGGUUCUUCCAUUGUUCAAUUUAGCUUUGGGGAUGGCGGAUGGGGUUCUAUUCUUGCCGAUUUGUACUCUCGUCAGGCAGAUAUCUUGGUACGCGGCUAUGCUGGUUGGAAUUCUAGAGAGGCUUUAGGGGUUUUACAUCAUCUCUUUCCAAAGGACAGUGCCAAUCAACCUUCAUUGGUAAUAGUUUACUUUGGUGGCAAUGAUUGUAUGCUUCCUUUCCCUUCUUCUAAGAACCCUUAUGUACCGCUUUCUGAAUAUGUUGAGAACAUGAAGAAGAUAGCCAUUCAUCUCAAGAGCCUCUCAGAGAAAACCCGAGUCAUCUUCCUUACAGCCCCGCCUGUGAGCUACAAUCUAAUUAAAGAAAAAAUGAGUGAGGAUCACGCUGAGCGUCGAACAUUGGAGUCCUGUCGUAAAUACGCCGAGGCUUGUAAAGAACUCUGCAAGAAGAUUGACGUGAAAUGCAUAGAUCUCUGGUCUGCAAUUCAGAAGAGAGAUGAUUGGCUCACUUCUUGCUUCACAGAUGGGGUUCAUUUAACAGCAGAAGGAAGUGAGAUAGUUGCAGAGGAAAUUUUGAAGGUUUUAGAAGAAGCUGAUUGGGAACCAAGUUUGCACUGGAAAACACUGCCAAUUGAAUUUGAUAUUCCAAUUGAACUAUCCCCCUGAAAGGUAAUGAAAAUUGAUUCCACCUAUGCCUCAUGCAUAUUAUUUUUGUGCGAAUGGGAAAAACCUUGGAUUAUUGUUGCACUAAUUAUAAUUAUACCCUAAACUUUUACUUAUAAAAAUUGAGUCCCCAAGUUUUUACAAAUGUUAAAAUUAGCCUCUCAAAUUUACCAUAUUCAUGGAAAUUGGAGAUUCCAAUGAUAAAAAUUGAAUUGGUCACUGGCAAUUUGUGAUUUGUCUUUUUUUUUUUUUCAUUUAUUUUAAGCCCAUGAUUAAGUAAAAUGUGUUGUAUUGAAUUUCACUUGUGUGAACAAUGGAUCUGUUCCUUCUCACUUGUAAAAGUAUGCACAAUGGUUUCGAUUAUUGUCAUUAUUGUAGCUGAUGAAUAUUCUUAAUUAAAAAUAAAUAAAACAAAGCCAA